AUGUCGGCCGUCCAUGGGAAUCUCUCCCAUGCUAUGAGAGACAACUACAAUGAGCAUGGGGUGGAUGAAUACUAUAGAAAAGUAGCAGCGACAUAUAGGAACCCUUUCUACCCAGGCAUCAAGAAGGUGAUAUGGACAUUUAUGAAUCGGUGGUGGGAAGCGGAAGGGAGGUCAAUGUAUGGCUCUCAAGCUACAGACGACAGUACAUUACGGGUACUAGAUAUGGCUGCUGGGAGUGGUGAAGCUACUCUGUGCCUCCUUGAGUGGGCACAAUCAACUCGAGAUUUCACCUCCAACUCUUCCGCUCAGUCACCUGUAUCUGUCCCCCCUACAUCUCAAUCCAGUCAAGCGGUUCCACCAGAUCCUCUUGCGGCUCUACGAGCUAUGCAAUCACCUGUGGGCAGCGGCUCAAGUAGACCAGCUUUCAUACCCCCCAACGCACGUCGUCCAGCUCAGGGUCAAUCCUCAAAUGGGAAAGGGAAACAGGUGUUUGGCGGGAUGGAUCCACCAGAAUUGCCCGCGAAUUUUGGCAUAGAUAUAGAAGCUACAGAUCCUUACACAUCCCCAGCAUAUACAGACCGUACAUCCCGCUCUUGUCACCCACUAUCCUUCACAGACUUAGCUAAUGGUCUACUGCCCGAUGAUACCUCUCAGCCGAAGGGCGGCGGACCAAUAUGGGAUUUGAUAAUCUGUUCAUUUGCUCUGCACCUUGUUACUUCACCUUCGGAAUUGUUCGCCUUACUAUAUGAGUUGAGUGGGAAAGCUAGGUGGUUGGUGAUUAUCGCACCGCAUAAAAAGCCCGAAAUAAAGGAGACUUGGGGAUGGUCCAGGUACGAUAUAGCUUCGUGGUCGGCGGCUGGAGAAGCAAAGCUAUACGGAGGUAGUGGGAAAGGAUCGACUGCAAAUGCAGAUGAUGAUGAGGAAGAGACUGAGUUAGAGAUUGUACGGGAUAAGGUUAAGUUGAGGUUAUAUAGGAGUAACGCGUUUUGA